AAAUUGAAUACUUUGGUAAACAUAUUGUUCUUGUUUGCAUAUUGUCUCUCAAUGGAUGGAUUGGCUGAAACAGGAUCAUCUUCUUCUUCUGCUUCUUCUUUGUGGCCAUGCACUUAUGAUGUUUUCUUAAGUUUUAGAGGAGAGGAUGUACGGAAGAAUUUCGUCGAUCAUUUAUAUACAGCUUUGCAGCAAAGAGGAAUUCACACUUUCAAAGAUGAUGAAAAACUUGAAAGAGGGAAAUCUAUUUCACCUUCACUUUUCAAAGCCAUCGAAGAGUCGAUGAUUUCCAUCAUCAUAUUCUCUCAAAACUAUGCUUCUUCUUCAUGGUGUCUAGAUGAGCUUGUUAAGAUCACACAAUGCAUGAAACUCAGGGGACAGAUUGUUCUUCCUGUCUUCUAUGACAUGGAUCCAUCUGUCGUAAGAAAACAGAAGGCAAACGUUGGUGAAUUCUUCGCUAAACAUGAGUUAAAUUUCAUAGAUGAUGAAGAAAGGGUGAAGAGAUGGCGUACUGCUAUGAUGGAAGCAGCAAAUGUAUCUGGUUGGGAUUUGCCAAAUAUUGCUAACGGGCACGAAUCAAAAUGUAUCGAGCAAAUUGUAGAAUGUGUCAUGGAGAUAUUAGAUCAUACUGCUUCUGAUGCUACUGAAAAUCUUGUUGGAAUACGCUCAAGAAUGGGGACGGUGUAUUCCUUGUUGAAUCUGGAGUCUGAUAAAGUUCAAUUCGUUGGAAUAUGGGGAAUGAGUGGAAUUGGGAAAACAACUAUAGCAAGAGCCAUCUACGACAAGAUUUUCCGUUACUUUCAAGGUACUACUUUCCUUCAUGAAGUUGGAGAAAAUUCAGCCAAACAUGGUAUCCAACAUUUGCAGCAGAUACUUCUUUCUGAACUACUUCUGUUAAAAGAUCUAAGAAUAAACAACGUAUUUGAAGGAACCAGCUUGGUAAGAAGACGACUAAAUGGGAAACGAGUCCUAAUUGUUCUUGAUGAUGUCAAUCAUGGAAACCAGUUAGAUGCCCUAGCUAAAAGCCAUGACUGGUUUGGUGCAGGCAGUAUAAUCAUCAUAACAACAAAGGAUAAGCAAUUGCUUCGUCAAUAUAAUGUGGACAAAAUGUAUAAAGUGAGUCUGUUAAACACUGAUGAAAGUAUUGAACUCCUUAGUUCAUGUGCAUUCCAGAAACACCAUCCCAAAAGUGGAUAUGGAGAGAUCAUAGCUGAAGUUGUUCGGUAUGCUGGUGGUCUUCCAUUAGCUCUUAAAGUUUUGGGUUCCUCUCUGUAUGGCGGAGGCAUGAUUGAAUGGAGAGAAACAGUGGAGAGACUAAAACAAAUUCCAGAAGGCGAAAUUGUAGAAAAACUCAAAGUAAGUUUCAAUGGACUAAGUGAGAUUGACCAAAAGAUCUUCUUAGAUAUUGCAUGUUUCUUUAAAGGGAAGAAGAAAGGUUCUGUAAUUAGAAUUCUUCGUAGUUUCAGUUUUACUCCUGUCAUUGGCAUAAGAAAUCUCAUAGAAAAAUCUCUUGUAACUGUUUCAAAAGGUCGGAUUGUGAUGCAUCAGUUGAUCCAAGAGAUGGGUUGGUGUAUUGUUCGCAAAGAAGCUUCAAACAACCUUGGCAAGUAUAGUAGGCUCUGGUCUCCCGAUGAUAUUCUUCAUGUACUAUCUGAAAAUACGGGCACAGAAGCUGUGGAAGGCAUAUGGUUGCACUUGCCUAUUCCGAAAGACAUAAAUGUUGGUGCAGAAGCCUUCAAAUAUACGGACAACCUGAGGCUGCUCAAGAUACACAAUGCAAGUGUCUCCGUAGCUCCAGAUUGUCUUCCUAAUAAAUUGAUAUGGCUUCAUUGGCAUGGCUACCCAAUGAAGUCACUUCCAGCAAGUUUUCGAGCAGAAAGGCUUGUUUGUCUGAAAAUGCAGUAUAGCCGCGUUGUGCACUUGUGGAAGGGAAUAAAGGUCCUACACAAACUGAAGUUUCUCAACCUUAGUCACUCCCAAAAGCUAGUCAGCUGUCCAGAUUUCACGGGGGUACCCAAUCUCGAGAAGCUGGUUCUUGAAGAUUGUUCGAGUAUAAUUGAGAUCCAUCCUUCUGUGGGAUAUCUCAAAAAUCUUGUUCUACUAAACCUGAAGAACUGCAGGAAUCUUAAGAGCCUUCCAAACAAUAUUCGAUUGGAUAGUCUUGAGACUUUAAUUCUUUCUGGCUGCUUGAAACUCGCAAAUUUCCCAGAAAUCACAAGUGACAUGAAUUGCUUAUCUGAGGUCUACUUGGAAGCUACAGAUGUAAAAGAGUUGCCUUCAUCAAUUGAACGUCUCACUGGCCUUCAAUUAAUGAAUCUAUGCUACUGCAGGAAUCUUACAAAUUUACCAAAAACCAUAGGCAGAUUAAAAUCUCUUAGGAUUCUUAUUCUCUCUGGAUGUUCAAAGCUAGAAAAGUUGCCAGAGGAACUGGGACAUAUAGCAAUCUUGGAGGAACUCUAUUGUGACGAAACUGCCAUUCAAAGCCCACCAUCCUCAAUUACACUAUUGAAGAACCUUAAGAUCUUAUCUUUUCAUGGAUGUAAAGGCAUGGUAUCUCAGACAUGGAAUUCACUUUUCUUGGCAUGGCUUCGGCCAAGAAAACAUAAUCAAAAGCCAACAAGUCUGAUGUUUUCUUCCUUUUCCGGUUUAUUUUCUUUGAGGAAAUUGGAUCUUAGUGAUUGUUGUAUGUUGGAUGAAGGAAUUCCUAGUGAUCUUGGAUGCCUGUCAUCUUUGGUUGAGCUAAAUCUUAGUGGGAAUAAUUUUGUGGAUAUCUCUCAAGCAAGUCUCAACAUGCUUCCGCAGCUCAGAAUCCUGGAGCUAGUGAGUUGUGAGAGACUUGAAAGGUUGCCAGAACUUCCAACAACAAUAGAGGAAGUUUUUGCAGAUAAUUGUACAUCCCUGAUGACUGAUAAUGUAGGAAUAUUGACCAACUACAAGAUGUUGCAGCGAAUAUCGUUCACUAAUUGUGUUGGACUACUUGAGAAUCAGCAGAUGCAUGACAUGGCUACCUCACUGUGGCUUCACCUAUUCAAGAAGUGCAUUGUUAAAAGUGGUCACUUUAGCAUUUACCUACCUGGAGAACAAGUUCCAGAAUGGUUUGGCUACAAACUCAACGGAACUUCAGUUUCAAUGCAGCUGCCAAACGAUUGGUACAAUGAUAAAUUCAUGGGAUUUGCCAUCUGUGUUGUGUCUGACCUUGAAACAACAUGGUUAUCAGUUCAUGAAGGUUACCUACAGGAAAUGCCAGGCAUUUCGAUUGAGUUUACAAUCAAAAGCCACCUCCGGAGGAGCACGAGUUGCCUAAUGAACAUUGGUUUUGUAGGGACAAACAAGAAUGUUGCUUCAGAUCACACAUGUCUUGCCUAUGUGCCAUUUGAGGACUAUUGA